UGUGUUUGCUAGUUUCUCCGGUGGGCGCUGUUUUAAGAACAUUAUCCAGCUGCGCUGCUGCUGCCGUCAUACUCGUAGCUCUUUUAUGUAACUUAAUCCUUCUAAACAUUGAUGCUUUCGGUUUGUUUUUAACAAAAAACGAGCUUCUGAAUCGAAGGAGAGUGUCUCGAUGGAGGGAGAUGAUGGCGACUUCCCCCCUGAGCCAUCAGAACAUUCCCUUUCCCAGCGAGGAAGUGUGGCUUCCUCAGUCACCAGAGCUCAGGAUUUGUUGGUGUACUUGGCUAAUGACAGUGCAGUGCACUUGACUCUGGAGGGUCUCGGUUGCAUGAAUGCGCAGGAGCUCGGCCGCAGUGUUAGGGAGGCCCUCAACAUUCCCAACUCCGCUGCUGAUGUGUUCGCUUUCUGGUUCUGCUCUCCUUUGCUUGAGCUGCAGUUGAAGCCGAAACAUCUGCCUUACAAGCUGUGUCGUCAGUGGCAGGACCUGCUGUACCGCUUUACCGAGGCCCCUACAGAAGACAUUUCUUUAGAUGAGCCAAGUCUGCUAUUCAAACGAAGUGUUUUUUAUCCACGGGCAAAAGAACUUCAGAUUGAAGAUGAAGGAGUGUUGAGACUGCUUUAUGAUGAAGCAAAGAUGAACAUCUUGGAGGGUCGGUACCCAUGUGACCCAGAACACUGGCUGACACUGGGUGCAUUGUCCUGUGCCAUAGAGUUAGGGACUGAACUAGACGACCAGGCUCUCACAGCAGCAAUCAGAGAGAAGAAGCUGUCCUCAUUCCUUCCAGCCCAUGCGGCUCUAGGAGGAGGAGGUUUUCUGUCCACACUUCGGGGGAGAGGCGGGAGGAAUGCAGAGAUGGAGCAAAACCUUGUAAAGGAGUGUCGUUCAGUCUGCUCCUCUGCUGCUAGCGGCUCCAGCCAGGAGCCCAUCGCUCUGCUGCGCCAGUACCUCAGGAGCUGCCACAACCUGCCUUACUAUGGAUGUGCUUUUUUCGCGGGUGAGAUCGAUAAGCCAGCUCAGGGCCUCCUUCACAGAGGUGGGCGUAAGGCUGUGAGUGUGGGCAUCAGUCUGGAAGGAGUGUAUGUCAUGGAUGUGAAAGAGAAGCAUGUCCUUUUGGGGCUGAAGUUCACUGAGCUUUCCUGGGAUCACAGCUAUCCAGAGACAGAGGGAGACUCGCAUAUUCUCUGGCUGGAGUUUGAUGGGGAGGAAGCUGGCACCCCUGUCAAUAAGUUAUUAAAGAUUUACUCAAAGCAGGCUGAACUUAUGAGUGGUCUUAUCGAGUUUUGUGUGGAGUUACGCUCUGUUAGUGAGUCAGCAGCCACAGGUACAGACGGUGAGGUCACGCCUUCCCAUGAACCUACGAGUCCAGAAACCAACAACAAAACCAGAGAGCGACGGCAGGGGAAACUGCGCAGACAGAACAGUGUGGUCUGUAGCCGAGUCCAUUCCCUGAGCACCAUCAACUAUGUUGAUGACGGCAAAGAAAUCAAACGUUUGAAACCCAAAAGAGCAGCUUCUUUCUUUACAAGGCAAGCGCAGCCUCCCACUUACUCUGCUGUUCAGGUGACUGAAAGUUUAGAGCAAGGGUGAACCCAGGCCUCAACACUGCCCUCUUCUGCCCGGUGACCAAAACUACAUCUGUCCAUUGAGAUUCUCAGAGACGCAGUGCAAAACCAUCUGAAUGGACAGAUCGGACCAAGAUCACAGACCGAAGAGCUGAACCACUAUUUAUAGAUGAUUUGUGCAUGAUGUCGCAAGUUUAAGUUAAAGCUUUUUCUCUGUUGGCUGUUAAAAAAUAAGAAUGUGAAAUUAAGUUUUCUUUUCCGUCAAACAUUUUGGUGUAAGAGCAAGGCUAAGGGAAGCGAUCUGAAAGCUCUGGGUCGGUCACUGUUCUGAAUGUAGAUUCUACUAUGCAACCAUCAAACCAAACUACAUCCCAGUGGCUGUACAUCAAUAAUUCCUCACUUUGAUCCACUAAUACUGCUAAAACCAGACCUGCUGCACCAAAGGAAACAAUCAAAGCCUUUAGUAUAGGUUGUAAAACUCCUAUAUGCAAAACCAGCGCUGCAGUUUGUGGUAAAGCAUUGCAAUGACAGCAUAAAGUGAGAUUCUGAAUGUGUAAAGUUCUUUUCUGUCCAUGUUUGCAUAUGCAGACUUCAGACUUCUACUGAGCAGCAGGACAGAUGUGAGUUCUGUUAAAUCAUGGCGAUAGGUUGAGAUUGUUCACUAGCUUGUUGCUCAGGAGAAUCAUGCCUUUCUGAUGGAGUGCACUGUAAUGCACUGCAGAAAACAAUCCAGGUGAUUUGUUAGCAUAAUCUGCAUUUGUAAAGCAGAGAGAAUGUUAAUACAUGAAAUUACGAGAUGAUUGGAGGCUUGAUCAAUCAAUGACAAUGUACGUCUGCUUUUCAAUUUCCUGAUGCUUUUCAAAUGUAUGAAACUCUAAGCAUACUGUAUUUUCUUGUCUUUAAGAAUUUGAAUGUACUGAAUCUCUGAAUAUUUUUAGAAAAGUAAUGGUAACACAGGGCACAGCUUUAAAGAAUAGUUCACCCAAAAACAAAAAAGAUAUUUUGAAGAAUGCUGGUUGCUGACACAUAUCGACCUCUAUGGAAUAAAUGACUUAGUCAAUGGAUGCUUGCAACCAGCAUUUAUCACAAUAUCUUGUGUGUUAAACAGAAAAACAACUUAAGUAAAAUUAAUUCUGAUUUUAUAACUUGGAAUUGCGUCUGUAUAACUCACUCGUUGUGACUUUAUAACUCAGAAUUCUGAAUUUAUGACUCGGAAUUGUGACUUUAUAACUCAGAAUUGUGACUUUAUAACUCUGAAUUCUUGCUUUAUAACUCAGAAUUCUGUCUUUAUAACUUGGAAUUCGGACUUUAUAACUCGGAAUUGCAGCUGUAUCACACGGAAUUCUGACUUUAUAACUCAGAAUUUUUGUCUUUAUAACUCAGAAAUCUAACUUUAUAACUCAGAAUUGCGGUUGUAUAACUCGAAAUUCUGUCUUUAAAACUCAGAAUUCUGACUUUAUAACUCGGAAUUGCAACUGUAACUCAGAAAUCUGACUUUAUAACUCGGGAAUUCUGACCAACUUGGAAUUGCGACUAUAACUUGGAAUUCUCUUUAUAACUUGAAAUUGUGACUAAUUCAGAAUGCUGUUUUUAUAACUUGGAAUAGUGACUAUAUAAAUCGUAAUUUUGACUUUAUAACUCAGAAUUCUGUUUUUAUAACUUAGAAUUGCUACUUUACAACUCAGAAUAAAGUCGCAUUUCUGAGUUAUAAAAACAGAAUUUAGAUUUAAUGAUGAACUAUCUCUUAAACUUCUGAUCAGUACAAAACAUCUUGUUUGAUCUGGUAACGGAAGCGGCAUGCUAAUUAUCGGGCGUCAUCUGAUCACCAGCCUCCAGUUACCUGCCCUGUGUCAUUAUUACCAAGCAGUUCAUGGUUCUGAUAGUCUGAAUUGUGUGUAAUUACUACAUUAUUGAAAUUACGCAUUCUGUUUUGGUAUUAAUGUCAAUGUGCUGCUUAUUUACAGAUGAACUAAAUGUUCAUGUAUCUGUAAACGCUUAAUGUCAAGUCCUGUUGCCAGGUCUUUACUUACCACAUCUCUGUAUAUUUAUCCAUGCAUGACGCAUCUGUUGUCUUAAAUUGAUUUUGUGGUGUGCAUGUUUUUGUACAUGUUUCCUUAUCCAUUUAUACACUUGUAAGAAGAAAACUUUAACCUUUUGCAUCACGUGCUGAACUGUGAAAGAAAAACGGACAGCUGCAUGGUGUAAAAUGAACAGUACACACUGACUCAUCACCCUGCAUUUCUGUAUUCAUCAUUUAUACUAGAAUGCUUAAUCCCAGAUCAUCUGUGCUAUUGUAAAGUCAUUUUUUCCACUCUAAAUUGAAUGCAAUGUUUAUAUUGUAGUCUGAACAUCUGUCAUGCACUUAUGCACAUACUAACAAAGCUGUAGAUAGUCACGUCUGUGUUUUGGAAAUACAAAGUUGUCAGUACUAUUUUAAAGUGCCUUUUUUAACAUUUGAUCUGUUUAUGUUGUUUUGCUGUCAUCUGUCUUUUGAAAUUGUAUUUCCACUAUCUUUUGUUGUUUGUGAUGUUUUCUAUACCAAUUUCACUACCAAACCUUUGUGACUGUAAAAUUAAAGAAAUCCAUUUAUAUGCAGCAUUAAACUUUUUAUUCCUGCUUUGUACUAACCGGCAUAACUAUCAGUGAAUCAUUUUCUGUAUAAUGUAUUUUGUAAUGAUGUUUUAUUUAAUCUUUACCUGCAACAAGGUCUUUGAUGUGUUGAAUCUUGAGGAGAAAAAUGAUGAAAAUAAAUUUAAUGACUAAAUAUUG